AUGUCCUGCGGCUUCAUCGGCAGUGUGCAGCCGAGUCGCAGGUGGCAAUUGGAAACGAUUCUCGCAGCCGCCUCCGUAGCCGCCAUAGGACCAUUGGUUGUUUCCACAGCAUGCGCGUACCGUUUGUACGGCUCGUGGAGUGCAGCCGGUCGUCGAGCUCUAGCUCCAGAGCAAGUGGUCGCGAUCACGGGCUGCGACUCCGGACUGGGUUACAGUCUUGCGCUGCACUGCCGCGAGCAAGGCGCGACGGUGGUCGCCGGCGUGCUGCAGCGCGACGGACCGGCAGCCACGUGCCUCGGUAAGCGGGGAGUGAGAGUUCUGGCACUGGACGUCACGGAGGAGGCCAGCGUUCGGACUUUCGGCAACGAGCUGACCAGGAUGCUGGACGACGAGCAUUUGGAACUGCGCGCGUUGGUGAACAAUGCCGGGGUGAUGAUAUUCGGCGAGUUCGAAUGGCAGCUGACGAGGCAGGUGAGGCACCAAGUGGAAGUAAAUGUCGUGGGCACAAUGAGGCUGACGAGAGAGCUGCUGCCCGAGUUGAGGAAGCACCGCGGCCGAAUUAUUAACGUGACGAGUCACUGCGCGCUCGCGUCGCUGCCCGGCCUGGCAGUUUACGGCGCCACCAAAGCGGCUCUGCGAGCCUGGACCGACUCGCUGAGGGUCGAGCUCGCCAAGUACGGCGUCGGCGUCGUCAAUUUCAUACCCGGUUCCUUUCCCACCGAGAGCAACAUCUUCUCGCAGCAGUCGCGCCAUUUCGACGAGAUGCGCGCCGGGAUGAGCCAGGAGGCGCGGCGCUUUUACGCCGACUACUUCGACAGGUACGCCGGCUACUUGGCCGCUCUGGCCAACGACAACGGCCUGCGUCGCCUCGAGAAUGCCAAGCUCUACGAGAUCUUCGACGACGCUCUUCUCAGCCAGCGGCCGUCGGCUCUCUACAAGUGCGAGCCUUGGCGAUAUACCAUCUACCACGCGCUCUUUCGAGUCGCACCGACGCCGCUUCGAGAUUGGUUGGUCGAGAGGUUCGUGCGGAUGCCCAGCUGGACGUCCGUCAGACGGUGAGCCGAGACGCUUGCGAGCUUGCAGGCCUGCACUGGCGCUCAUCCCAUCUGCGACGAC